UCCAUCAACGUCUACAACAUCGACUUCGACCACAUUCUUCUUGUCUGCACUCAAAACCACUGUCUCUGUAACGACUCUAGACUCGGAAUACAGAGAAAAGCAAGCGGGAAACGACAGACCCGGUAUAAUCUUCACCCACUCGACGAAAAACCGCCAAACGCAAAAGCUCCAGCAUGAACGUCUUUGCUGACGAGGCCACCGAGGAGCGCGGCGAGAACGCCCGUCUGUCCUCCUUUGUCGGCGCGAUGGCUCUCGGCGACCUUGUCAAGUCGACGCUCGGACCCAAGGGCAUGAACAAGAUUCUGCAGUCGACGUCCGACGGCAGCAUCACCGUGACCAACGACGGCGCCACCAUCCUUAAGUCGAUCAGCCUCGACAACCCUGCGGCCAAGAUCCUCGUCAACAUCUCCAAGGUGCAGGACGACGAGGUCGGAGACGGCACCACCUCGGUGUGUGUCCUCGCGUCCGAGCUCCUGCGUGAGGCCGAGAAGCUCGUCACGACGUCCAAGAUCCACCCGCAGACCGUUGUUGAGGGCUACCGCAUCGCGUCCAAGGCUGCGCUCGAGGCCCUCGCCGACAGCGCCGUCGACCACUCCAAGGACCCCGCCAAGUUCCGCGAGGACCUGUUCAACAUUGCGCGCACGACGCUGUCGUCCAAGGUCCUCUCGCAGGACAAGGACUACUUUGCCAACCUGGCCGUCGACGCCGUACUCCGCCUCAAGGGAUCGACCGACCUCGAGCACAUCCAGAUCAUCAAGAAGGUCGGCGGCAAGCUCACCGACUCGUACCUCGACGAGGGCUUCAUUCUCGACAAGCAGAUUGCCGUCAACAGCCCCAAGAGGAUAGAGAACGCCAAGAUUCUGAUCGCCAACACGUCGAUGGACACGGACAAGAUCAAGAUCUUUGGUGCCCGCGUCCGUGUCGACGGCACUGGAAAGCUGGCCGAGCUCGAGCGCGCCGAGAAGGAAAAGAUGAAGUCCAAGGUGCAGGCGAUUGCUGCCCACGGCAUCAACUGCUUUGUCAACCGCCAGCUCAUCUACAACUACCCCGAGUCGCUGCUCAGCGAGGCUGGCGUCAUGUCGAUUGAGCACGCCGACUUUGAGGGUGUCGAGCGUCUGGCGCUUGUCACUGGUGGUGAGAUUGCGUCGACCUUUGACCACCCGGAGAAGGUCAAGAUCGGCCGGUGUGACGUUAUCGAGGAGAUCAUGAUUGGCGAGGACAAGCUCAUCAAGUUCUCUGGUGUUGCCCACGGCGAGGCCUGCACCGUCGUUCUCCGUGGUGCUACUUCGCAGAUGGUCGACGAGGCGGACCGCUCGCUGCACGACGCCCUGUCGGUGCUGUCACAGACGGUCAAGGAGACCCGCGUUACGCUCGGCGGUGGCUGCGCCGAGAUGCUCAUGAGCUGCAAGGUCGAGGAGGCUGCCCGCAAGGUCAGCGGCAAGAAGGCGCUUGCCGUCGAGGCGUUUGCCCGUGCCCUUCGCCAAAUGCCCACCAUUCUCGCCGACAACGGUGGUUACGACUCGUCCGACCUCGUCGCCAAGCUCCGCGCGGCCCACUUCGAGGGCCGCUCGGAUGCCGGUCUCGACAUGGACAAGGGCGAGAUUGCGUCUAUGAACGACUUGGGUGUCACCGAGUCGUACAAGCUCAAGAAGCAGGUCGUCGUGUCGGCUUCCGAGGCUUCCGAACUCAUCCUCCGUGUUGACAACAUCUUGCGCUCGGCCCCCAGGCGACGUGAGGCGCACUAGUUGCGUUAUCUAGUGGUAGAUAGAGGUGUGGUUACAUGCAUGUGUAGACAGUGAA